AUGGCUCAAAUAUCGAAGGCCAAACGGUCAGCCCGUCUGUGUUGGGCACGGGAAAGGCAGGCACGCUUGCCAGCUGCCAGGCAAGCGGAGGAACUUCUGAGAGUGCCCGCCGGUGCUGCUCAGCCAAGGCGCAGCAGGCCCAGACGCCAGGUUCAGGUCCCUGGACCUGGAGUGUAUCUUGGCACGCGGUCGCGUGCUGGUGCUGCAGCGCCACUCCAUGAUGUGGGUAUGUUGCCCCCACCUGCGCCGUCACCCUCACCGUCACCCCCACCCACUCCUGUCAUGUCAUCCCCCCCGGUCAUCAAGGGGGAGACAGGUGACGUCUUCCGCGUCCUCCCCAAGAUGGAGGAACCCCUCACCAUCAAGGAGGAACCCCUCCCCUUCAAGCUGGAGGAUGCUAACUUGACGCAGGAGGUCAUAAAGAAGGAGGAGAUCAAGGAGGAGCCGGUCCUCCAGGAUGUUCGGGUCGACGAACGACAGGACGACGGAGUUGGGGGAGCUCGAGAAUUUAUAUGGUCAUUUCAGAAAUACAUUUCAAAGUUGUAA